AUGGAUAUCAUAUCCGAGAUACAGGAGAAGCUUUGCUCCAUGUGCCACGACUUUUGCACGGAUCGCGUGUUGCUGCCGUGUGAACACAUUUACUGCAGGCGCUGCAUGGAGCAGGUGCUGAACGUACAGGAUCAUUGGACCAUUUAUUACUGUAUGGAGUGUUACAAACCCUGUCAGGUUCGUCCUUUGAUCAAGCAGGAGGUCACAGAGCCGAGUCCCUGCACCGAACAGAUCAGCUGCACCUACUGUGACGUCCCCGCCAUUAAGACUUGUGUGCAAUGCGAUUCCUUAUUUUGUGCUACGCACCUGAUGAAGCAUCCCAGUUUGCCGGGACUCCUUCUGGUAGAACCUUCUCUGUCCCUGGACGAAAGAAAAUGCUCCACGCACAAAGAGAUCCUGAAAUAUUACUGCAGAGAAGAAGGUUCCUGCAUCUGUAUGUCCUGCUGGGCGGUUGGAGACCACCAGGGACACCAAGUGACAGCUUUGCAUGAGUUUGUAGAGCAGAAGAAAAGCAACCUGAGACCCAUGAUAGAAAGGUUCGAAGGCGACCUCAAUGAAUCCGAGAAACAAAUUUGUAGACUGAUUGCUUACGAAAGGGACGAGAACCAGAAAGCAGAUGCUGUCAUAAAGAAGGUCAUGGCUCAGAUUGAGGACCUAAAAACAGAACUCAGCGCUCGGCACACUAAAGUCCUGGGCGUCAUCUCCAAACAGAAGAAGAUGGUUUCCCUCUCGGUGUCUAAUCAGAUUAAGAAGCUGGAGACGAACAAGAGCGAGCUGUCCAGGAGGAUGAAACGCAUCACCGAGCUGUGCGAGGUUGAAGACCCCUUAACGUUCCUAAAGGACGAAAAAGAAAGCAACAUGGCGUGGAACUUCUCUGGCCGAUGGAAGACGAAGAGUUGCAUUAAGAUCGACGAAACGUCCAUCUCGCAGAAGCUGCACAAGAGACUCCUUCAGUUUGCCGAUGGCCUGAUCGAUCGCAUGCUGAAAGAAGACUUUCCGAAGAUGAAGAAGUCCAUGAUAACGCUGGAUAAGAAAACGGCUCAUUAUAGCAUCAUCAAGACUUACGGUCUCAGAAGAGCCUUUUAUAGCUCGAAACGUCAGAAGGAGGAAAGUAACGAGGAGAGGUUCAAAUCCCGCCACGUUUUAAGCAAGUGCAGCUUUUCGGGUGGGAAUCACUACUGGGAGGUGGACGUUGUUGGCAAGAAAAGAUGUUUCAUUGGGGUUGCCUGCCAUAGUAUGGACAGAAAGACGAUUUCGUCUAAAUCACUCAUCGGGUUCAACAACAGAUCAUGGAGUCUCGGCGUUGACGAUGUUCUUGCCGCCUACCACAACUGCGUUCAAAGGGAAAUUCCCACAGAUUCCCCUGUGCGGUCGUUUGGGAUCUUCCUGGAGUAUAAGGUGGGCCGUCUGUCUUUCUACCAGCUGUGUCACCCCAUCAGGCACCUCCACACCUUCACAGCCACCUUCACCGAGCCCCUCCAUGCCGCUUUCUAUCUGGAUAAAGGAUCCAGUAUAACAAUUCAAGAGUAA